AGUCUUGUUUUAACCACAACUAAAAGUGUUACAAAAGUGCAAGGAUAUUGUGAAUUAAAGCUUAGUUUUUAUUUUGAAUUCCACCACCGGAAGGGCGGUUCUUAACCGCACUGAAAAACCGCGACUGAAUUCUCGACAGAAGGAAAUACCAGCACUUAUUAGACUAAAUGUUUUCAAUCCCAAUUCCCAGAUUCGAAAAAUUCCUUUAGUUCCAGUACAGUGGUUAAUAAUAACUUGAAGCUAAGUUAUUUGAAAAAAAAAAAUACACAGAUUUUGCAUGGGGAUAUGAAACUUAAUUUGAACUGCACCCUAUAUGGAUUUCCAAGGAGUGUUACUGAUGUCCUAAGCUUUUUGAGUUUUUGAAGAUUUGAACUAGCCACCGAGGGCACCGAGCGGUCCGUACCGUACCGCAUCAGACUCUACCGAACCGAAGGCGAAGAUGAGCCAGUUUCCCUACUCGAGCGACACCGGUUUCGGACCGGUCGAACCCCGCAGGCCGACCGACUCCAACGAGUCGAACGAGCGCCUAGUACCCGCAGAACCGUCGUGGGACGACGAAAGCGAGAUCGAGAUGGCGACGACCGAGCGCGAGCUGGCCGAGGACGCGCAAUGGAAGAAGAUCCAGCAGAACACGUUCACGCGCUGGGCCAACGAGCACCUGAAGACCGUGUCGAAGCACAUCGGGAACCUGGAGAGCGACCUCGGCGACGGGCUGAGGCUGAUAGCGCUGAUCGAGGUGCUGUCGGGUAAGCGGCUGCCGAAGCACAACAAGAAGCCGUCGUUCCGGUCGCAGAAGCUGGAGAACGUGUCGGUGGCGCUGAAGUUCCUGCAGGACGACGAGAGCAUCAGGAUCGUCAAUAUCGACUCGAGUCACAUAGUAGAUUGUAAGCUGAAAUUAAUAUUAGGAUUAAUAUGGACAUUGAUUUUACACUACUCAAUAUCUCUGCCUAUGUGGGAGGGAGAAGACGACUUAAACAAUGGUGGCACGGAACCCACACCAAAGCAAAGGCUGAUGAACUGGAUCCAAACAAAACUUCCAGAUCUACCAAUAAAAAAUUUCACUUCAGACUGGCACGAUGGAAAAGCAGUUGGAGCUUUAGUGGAUGCUGUAGCACCAGGUCUAUGUCCAGACUGGCCCGACUGGGACCCCAACCAAGGUGUCCGAAAUGCCUCGGAAGCAAUGGGGCUCGCUGAUGAUUGGCUCAAUAUUCCCCAACUCAUCAGACCAGAGGAAAUCGUGAACCCCAAUAUAGACGAACAGUCUAUGAUGACAUACCUGUCACAGUACCCCAAUGCCAAAAUCAAACCUGAAGCACCACUGAGGCCACGAACAAAUGUAAAUAAAGUGAGAGUGUAUGGUCCAGGAGUGGAACCAACUGGACAAGCAGUGGGAGCUCCAUCCAGCUUCACAGUAGAAACCUUCUCGGCAGGAAACGGGCAAGUAGAAGUAAUAGUAGAAAACCCAAGGGGUCAAAAAGAACUCGCCGACGUCAAAUUCAACAAUGACAAGAAUCUCACCUACAAUGCGUCAUACACACCGCAGUAUGAAGGGCCACACACGAUAACCGUGAAGUUUGCUGGACGAGAAACCUCCAAGAGUCCCUACCACAUUAAGGUCGAAGGAUUUGCGGGAGAUGCCGGCAAAGUCACAGCGAAUGGACCCGGUUUGAUGCCCGAUGGUGUUCAUAUAAAUAAACCUACGUACUUCGAUAUUUCCACAAAAAAUGCAGGUCAAGGUGUUCCUGAAGUAAUAAUCCUAGAUCCAUCAGGCAACAAGAGCGCAGUACCAGUAAAACUUCAACAAACAUCCCCUGACACGUGGCGCUGCAACUACAUCUCACCGGUCCUCGGUUUACAUUCCAUCAAUAUAUUCUUCGCUGGCAAAGCCAUUCCAAAUAGUCCCUAUGGGGUGAGAGUCUCUCCUGUGUCAGACGCGAGAAAAGUCAAAGCCAGCGGUCGAGGUUUGCAGCCCAGCGGAGUGCGAGUCCAAGACAAGGCCGACUUCAAAAUACACACAGAGGGCGCUGGCGAAGGGGUGCCCGAAGUACAGAUCAUCGGUCCAGAGGGGGUGCAUCAAUCCUGCACCAUACAGAAGAUCGACGAAUACACCUACUACGGAAUGUACCACCCUGUCAAAGAAGGCAGGUACAUAAUCAUGAUCAAGUUUGGAGGUAGCGAAAUCUACAAGUCGCCGUUCGAAGUGAACGUUGGGCCCUACAAGGAAACCCAAAUACGUGCCUAUGGACCGGGUUUAGUUGGAGGUGUGGUUGGAUAUCCGGCGUUGUUUACCGUCGAAACCAAUGGGGAAACUGGGGCCCUAGGAUUCAGCAUUCAAGGCCCGUCACAAGCGAAAAUUGAAUGCCAUGACAAUGGUGAUGGUUCAGCAGAUGUCAAGUACUAUCCUACAGCGCCUGGUGAAUACGCGGUACACAUACUAUGUGACACUGAAGACAUUCCUCGUAGCCCGUAUAUUGCUCAAAUUUUGCCAAAUACAGACUAUUAUCCUGAGAAAGUCGAUGUUUAUGGACCCGGAGUGGAAGUUAAUGGGAUCCAAACGGAUAUUCCUACCAAAUUUACUGUAGAUACGAGAAAAGCGGGAUCUGCGCCUCUAGAUGUUAAGGUUAGCGAUGCGAAUUGCAAUGAUGUAUAUUUAAAAUUAGUAGAAAAGGCUGAUGGCACCAUCGAAGGUACCUAUACCCCGACUAGCGGUAACCGACAUACCGUCCAAGUCAACUACGGUGGAGUGGCUGUGAAAAAUUCUCCGUUCAGAGUUAACGUUGGCGAACCAGUAGACGCUUCCAAAGUACAAUGUUUCGGCCCUGGAAUUCGAGAUGGCGUCAAGACCAAUAUUCCUACUCACUUCAAUAUAGAUGCCAGGGAAGCUGGAGACGCCGAUAUAGACCUCCAUUUAGUGAAUGAAGAUACUCGCGAAGAAAUUCCUGUAAAACUAACAGACAAUGGAGACAGAACGUACACUGUCGACUAUGAAACUAUCCAUACCGGCACACACACUCUUACCCUACAAUAUGGCGGUCAAAAGGUUCCUACUACCCCGAUCAAAUUCAAAGUUCAACCGAACGUUGAUGUCUCUAAGAUCAAAGUCGAUGGACUGGAACCAACUGCACCCGUGAACAGCUUGCAGCAAUUCCGAGUGAUAACCCAGGACGCUGGAAAAGCCGAAUUUGCAAUAUCGAUAACCACCCCGUCAGGAAGCAAAGUCAAAGCACAUGUGAUACCGACCCACGAAGGGUACUUGGUUAACUUUACGCCGACGCAGUUGGGCGAAUACCUCUUGGGGAUAUCGUUCGGGGGCGAACCGAUAUCCCAUCGACCUUUCAGGCUCACAUGUCUGACGGGCAGCGACCCGCUCAAGGUCAAAGCUUCCGGUCCUGGACUCUAUCGAGGAGUGGUCAACCGACCUGCGGAAUUCAUGAUAGAUACCAGAGGGGCCGGUCAAGGGGGUUUGGGAGUGACAGUUGAGGGGCCGUGCGAAGCCGCCAUCAACUGUAGAGAUAACGGUGACGGGACUUGCUCCGUAGCUUAUUUGCCCACUGAAAUUGGUGAUUAUGGCAUAAAUAUUACUUUUAAUGAUCAACAUAUACCUGGUAGUCCCUUUCAGGCGAUUAUAGUACCUGAGGUAGACAUGUCCAAGAUCAAAGUGUCCGGUAGCGGGAUCCAACUACAUGGUGUUUAUGUCGACUCGCCUACAGACUUCUUAGUCGAUACGAGAGGGAUACCAAAGUCUUCCGAAGACAGCAAAGUAACCUGCACUAUCACGAACCCAUCCGGAUCACAGACCGAAAAAGUAAUCACCCCCUUACUCGACGGAACUUACAAAGUCAGUUACACACCCUUCGAGGAAGGAAAACACACCAUAGAUAUACUCUACGACAAUGUUCCUGUCCCUGGAUCUCCCUUCAUAGUCAACGUCAGGAGAGGCUGUGACGCCAAAAAAUGCAGCGCUUAUGGUCCAGGACUACAAAAAGGGGUACUGCACAAACCAAAUCUCUUCACAGUCGAAACCAAGGAAGCCGGAACUGGGGGGUUGUCCCUGGCGAUAGAAGGGCCUUCCGAGGCCAAAAUGACUUGCAAGGAUAACAGAGACGGAUCGUGCUCUGUGGAGUACGUUCCUACCGAACCAGGAGAAUACGAUGUGGCCAUCAGAUUUGCCGACAAUCACAUACCUGGGUCGCCAUUCAAAGUGAUGGUAGGACCAGACGUCGACGAGAAUCUCGUCAAAGCCUACGGACCAGGCUUAGAGACUUCCAAUUGUCGAACGGGGGUGCCCACCAAAUUCGUCAUCGAUGCUUCGAAAGCAGGGCCAGCUCCAGUAGAGGUGAACAUUACCUCUGAUUCGAAACCUUUGCCUAAAAGACCAGAGAUCGUGGAUAACGGCGAUGGCACUUUCGAUGUCACUUACGUCCCACCGAAUGAGGGCGCUAAUCUACAAACCCACAUCUUGUACAAUAAAAGGGAUAUCCCUAACAGUCCAUUUCCCCUGAGAGUUAAACCACUAGUGGAACCUGAAAACGUGAAAUUCAGUGGCCCGGCUGUAUACGAAAAAGGCAUACCAGCGUCGAUGCCAACGACAGUUAAAAUCGACACGAAUGAGGCUGGUUUCGGAGAUCUAGAAGUCAAAGUUACCGGCCCUGAUGGUUCGCCACGGCCAGUCAAUUUGAAGGAUAAUUGCGAUGGUACUUUCAAUGCCACUUUCGUUCCUGAUGACUGCGGGAGGUAUAAGCUUGACGCUAAAUAUGGGGGAAAAGAGGUUCCGAAGACUCCCAUUUCUAUCCAGACUUAUGCUACUGGAAACGCUGAGAAAUGUAAAAUAGUGGAAGGACUAGAGAAGAAUCUGUGCAGUGGACAGCCAUGUCGCAUAACAGUUAACACAGAAAAUGCAGGAAAUGGUGCUGUCACCUGCAAAAUUAAGUCAGUUGAUGGAGGUGAUUUGGACAUCAAUAUUGUCGAUAACGGAGACAAUACUGUCAGCAUAUUUUAUACGGUCGAAGAUGCUGGUGAAUAUACCAUCAACAUCAAGUUCGGAGGUCAAACAGUUCCUGGUGGUUUCUACACCUGCUUGGCCGAGAAGACCAGUGUAACCCAGAGCGAAGUACAGGAAAGAGUAACCAAAACACAAACCAAGCAACAGAUUUUCAGACCAGUCCAGUUGAGUAAUAUCCCUCUUUUGAGUACAGGAGGAAACGUAACAGCCGAAAUAAAAAUGCCAAGCGGUAACAUCGACAAGCCAAUCAUCGAAGACAACCAUGACGGCACCGUCACGAUCAAAUACGACCCCCGCGAAGAAGGUGUCCACGAGCUAGCUGUCAAAUUCAACGGCGAACACGUCCAAGGCUCCCCCUACAAAAUCCACGUCGACUCCAUCAGUUCCGGUUACGUCACAGCCUACGGACCGGGCUUGACCCAUGGCGUCACCGGUGAACCCAGCAACUUUACCAUCUCGACCAAAGGCGCAGGCGCAGGAGGGCUCUCCAUGGCAGUCGAAGGACCCAGCAAGGCGGAGAUCAGCUGCCACGACAACAAGGACGGAACCGUCUCCGUGUCUUAUUUGCCCACGGCACCUGGGGAGUACAAGAUAUCGGUGAGGUUCGGAGACAAGCACAUCAAGGGGUCGCCGUUCAACGCGAAAAUCACCGGAGAAGGCAGGAAGCGCAACCAGAUCUCGGUGGGAUCUUGCAGCGAGGUGUCUCUGCCUGGGAAAAUUUCUGACGCGGAUAUCCGCUCUCUCAACGCCUCUAUUCAAGCUCCCAGCGGCCUAGAGGAACCUUGCUUCCUGAAACGACUACCCACUGGCAAUAUCGGCAUCUCUUUCACGCCUAGAGAAAUCGGGGAGCAUGUCGUGUCCGUGAAGAAAAUGGGCAACCACAUAACUAACUCGCCCUUCAAAAUCAACGUUUGCGAAAGGGAAGUUGGCGACGCGAAAAAAGUCAAGGUCAUUGGAGGUGGGCUGAAGGAAGGGAAGACGCAUCUGGAUAAUGCUUUCACUGUCGAUACCAGGAACGCUGGUUUCGGGGGAUUGUCUCUGUCGAUUGAGGGACCCAGCAAAGCUGAGAUUCAGUGUAAUGACAAUACGGAUGGUACGUUGAAUAUAUCUUACAAGCCGACGGAGCCGGGUUACUACAUUGUUAAUCUCAAGUUUGCUGAUCAUCAUGUUGAUGGGUCUCCAUUCACUGUUAAGGUUACUGGAGAAGGCUCAAACAGGCAACGAGAAAAGAUACAGAGACAACGGGAAGCAGUACCAGUCACCGAAGUUGGUAGUCAGUGUAAACUGACAUUCAAAAUGCCAGGCAUAACCUCUUUCGACCUGAGUGCCACUGUGACUUCUCCUGGAGGAGUAACUGAAGAUGCGGAAAUCAAUGAAGUCAGAGACGGAUUGUACGCCGUUAAUUUCGUACCCAAAGAACUUGGAGUCCACACUGUAUCCGUCAGGUAUAAGGACAUCCAUAUUCCCGGAUCCCCAUUCCAGUUCACUGUCGGUCCGUACCGGGACCACGGCGCCCAUCUGGUCAAGGCCGGCGGUGCAGGUCUGGAGCGAGGCGAGCAGGGUGAGGUCAAUGAGUUCAACGUGUGGACGAGGGAGGCCGGCAGCGGUCAACUGGCCAUCUCCGUCGAGGGCCCUAGCAAGGCCGAGAUCAACUUCACCGACCGCAAAGACGGGUCCUGCGAUGUGUCUUACAAGGUGUCCGAGCCAGGUGAAUACCGCAUUGGACUGAAAUUCAACGAUGAACACGUUCCCGAUUCACCGUUCAAGGUUUACAUCUCUCCUGCAGUAGGAGAUGCCCAUUUACUAGAAGUAUGCCAAUUCCCUGAAGGCCAUAUCCAAGCCGACAAACCAUCCCAGUUCAUCGUACGCAGAAAUGAAGCCAAAGGAGUUUUGGACGCCAAGAUCAUCGGUCCAUCAGGGCAUGAAGAUGAUUGUUUCGUCCAAAUCAUCGACAUGGAGGAAUACUCUGUACGGUUCAUGCCAAGAGAAAACGGCAUUCACAAAAUCCAUGCCAAAUUCAAUGGGGUCCAUAUUCCUGGAUCUCCGUUCAGCGUUAAAGUCGGUAAAGACACUGCUGAUCCUGCUGCGGUACAUGCUAGUGGGAAUGGACUGAAAGAAAUCAAAACUGGAGCAAAGACAGAUUUCAUCGUAGACACUGUGAAUGCUGGAAGUGGUACCCUAGCUGUCAAUAUUGAUGGCCCCAGCAAAGUAUCAAUGGACUGCACAGAAGUUGAAGAGGGAUACAAAGUCCGUUACACCCCUCUAGCCCCUGGAGACUACUUCGUCAGUAUUAAAUAUAACAAUAACCAUAUCGUAGGAUCACCCUUCAAAGUACACUGUAAAGGUGAUGCUAAAGUAGCGGACAUCGGUGGCCAAGAAACGUCUUCCGUUGUUGUAGAAACUGUAGUAAAAGUAGGAAAGAACAACAAUAACAAGGGACCGGUAUUACCGAACUUCAAGAGUGAUGGUUCAAAAGUUCAGUCUAAAGGAAUGGGAUUGAAAAAGGCCUAUCUUGGAAAGCAGAAUCAAUUCACAAUUUCAGCACAGAAUGCUGGAGUGAAUAUCUUGUUUGUUGGUAUCCAUGGACCUAAGGGACCUUGUGAAGAGGUCUACAUCAAACAUCAAGGUCACAACCAAUAUGCAGUUAACUACAUGGUAAGAGAUAGGGGUGACUACUUAGUAAUAGUGAAGUGGGGAGACGAUCACAUCCCUGGCUCGCCAUUCAAAGUGGAAGUUUAGAUGUAUAAUUUUAUAUUUCACACAAAUAUAUUUGUUCAAUUAUUGUUCAUGUUAUUAUUUACUUUGAAAAUCAUAAUAUAUAUUUUUUAUCAUGUUAUAUGUUUAUUGGAAUAUCCUUUUCGUUAUUUUGUUUUUAUUUUGUACAUAUCAGGUUGAGAAUUCUAACGUUUUGGAUAUUCGAAUUUCCAUUCAAAUUAUAUGUCAGCCAAUUUUUAUAUUAUAUCCUAUUUAAAAUAAGACAUCAUCAAAUGUGCCUUACAGUUUUUAAGGGAUUUAAAAUAUAGGUAUCAUAUACAUACAGUUAAAGUGUAACUUAUUUUUUAAAAUUAUAUUUACAUAAACAGAAUA